CUAGCUUGAAGUGUGGACACACUCAAUGCCUAUUCUCUAUUAAAGAGAUCUAGAACUAAAUCUGUAUGAUUUGGAGCAAAGUAUAAAUUCGACUAAAUCUCUAGACAAGAAACGAUUAUAAAGAAGACAUUUGGAGAAUGUCUGUUAUUGUGGUUAUUUUCUCAGCCUUCAUCAGUCCUAUCUCAAGUACUGACGUUAUGCUUCAAUAUGAGUCAAGUGACGUCACUGGUGAUCAAAUGCCUGACCAGGUCAAUGUGACUUUUAACACAGAAACAGAAUCUCUAACCAAACUUAAUCUCAAGCGAUCGCGAUAUUUCAACCUUGACAUUCCGGUCUAUACUCUCGACAUGGAAAGUGAAUGAAUUUUUCAAAGGCAUAAAGUAAAGACUAGACCCAGAAAGGAUAUAGGCUUUUACCAGGAUAUUAAAAACAAGGCUGUGUUUGAAAUCCUAAAGUCUCCUGAGAAAUCGGCCAGCAAGAAAUAUAAAUUUAACAUGAAAGGUGAGUUUCUCAUGAACACCUCUAAAUAUCUCUUCGACUCUGAGAAAAAGACUACUAAAAAGCCUUGGAGAAAACCGUCUUUCCAAACGUUUUCCGACUCUAGAAAGACGACUUCAUCUCGUAGCACGACAACAUUCGACCAAUUCGUCUAUACCUUAGAAUUAGUGAACACCACAAUGUUUUCUAGGUUUGACUCACAAAAAGCUGCGCCAGAAGUAAAAAAAAUUGUGAGUAUGAAUUUCAUCGACAGAAGAGACGAGAAGCUUCACAGCUCAGGUCAGAACUCCAACCGGUCAACAUCGCGGUCAGUCCCAAAUAGCAGACAGCGCCGCAGCGCAGUGCAGAACUACUACAUUGACGUGGCGGCCUUGCUUGACUACAAACUCUACUCUAAGUUUUUAGCACUCGCUAACAAUCACGUCGCCACAGCGAUGCAGAAUAUUUUAGAGCACUAUGCAUUUGUGUUUAGUGGGGCCGACAUGCUGUAUCAAGGCAUCCAACACCCAGAAUACACGAUUCACAUUCUUCUGAGUAGAGUGUACGCUUUUCAGGUUCGUAUUUAUAUUGCACACUUUAGUGGCUAA